UGUCCCGAGAAGAAUGAAAAAAAAUAAAAAUAAAUGUGAAAAUAAUUAAAAUUUCCCUCCUUCCGCCGUUGCCGCCGCUCAACGGUGUCGCCGCCGUCCCCCGGCAGCCUUCAUCUUUGCCGGUCACCAUUACUAUUCUCUACAGUAUCCAUUCCAAAUUUAAGUCUCCACAUCUCUCUCUAUAAAUACACAAUUUUCGUCUCAUUGAUGAACCGCCGUGUAAUCCCCUUUCUCUUUGCUGUUCCACAAACAGAACCGGGGAACCGGAAUCUUCUCUCUCUCCGACCGCCAUGGGGUAUCCCGUAGGCUAUGCCGACGUAUUUUUCUCCAACGCCUUUCUCCAUCUCCUCAUCUUUCUCGGCUAUAUUCGAAGCCUCAUUAUUUCGCUCUUCCGAAUCCUAGGGCUUCCCGAUUUUCUCGAAUCCAGCGUCGUUUGGCCUCAAAAUCCAACCCCGACCAUCGACGAUCAUUCCGUAUUGCCGAUCCCAAUCGAGGAAUUCUUCCCCGUGGUAAAAUUCUCCGACAUUUUCGACGCCACCGGAGCCGGAUUUCCACCGGAAUGUUGCGCCGUUUGUCUCUGUGAGUUUCAGGGCGACGAGGAGGUUAGGUUUUUGAAGAAUUGCAAACACAUUUUUCAUAAGGAGUGUUUGGACGGAUGGAUGAUUCGAGACCAGAAAAGCUGUCCACUCUGUAGAACUCUGAUCGUGCCGGAGGAGUCGAUUCCGCCGCUUGUGGAUUUUGCCGGUUGUUCUGAGUUUUCCGGCGACUAUAGCCAAGUUUAAUUUUUUUUUCCUUUUGUCCCUUAAUUAGAAAUAUUGGUUCUUAAUUCUGAACCAAAAGAUUGCUGGUGGGUGAUAAAUUAGAUUUCAUUCCCCCAGAAAAUCCCAAAGAAAGGUGUGUUUUUUGUCCGCUUAUGAUAUUACAACUGGCAGAUUUUGAUUAAAAUCCCUCCACUUUAAUUUUUUAAAAAACUUAAGAAAUAUUAAAAAUGAAUACAAUAGAAUAAAGAACUAUAUAUAUAUAUAUCCUACCAAGACGAGGAGCCAUGGUCUUUGAUAUGCCUCUAGCACAACAGAUAUAUAUUUGUUUCAAAAUGAUCUUUUAGUAUAAAAUAUAUAUAUCCUACCAA